AUGUUCAAACAGGCACCCAGGGCCGACCUGACAACGAUGUGGAAGGCGCUCGAGGCGGACGCGGCUCUGAUAGAGAAGCUCAUUGGUCCCAUGGUACGCCCCGAGGCCUCUCCGAACCUGGACGACCUGCAGCGCGCGGUCACAGCGAUACGCCACUUUCAGGACAAGUGCCAGCAAACCAAGGCGGCUAGCCUACAGCAGCAGCAGCAAUAUGAGCGAAUGCAUCAUCACCAGCUUGCGCAGCAGCAGCAGCAACAGCAGCAGCAGCAGCAGCAGCCACCUGUUUCGUCGGCCAGCCAGCAGCCACAGCAGCAGGCGCUACUCAUGCAGCAGCAGCAACAGCAGCAGCUGCUGCGGCAGCAGCAACAAUUGCGCCAGGGGCGACCGCCAGGGCAGCAACCUUCGGGAGGACAGGCCCAGGGCCUUGCUCUGCGACCACCAACAGCAAGCAGCACAGUAAAGAAGAUGGCCGAGACCGUGACAGCCCCCGAGCUCACAGCUGCAUUCGCGAAGCUGUCGGCGGCCGAUGGCGACCGUGUGGCCGCUGCUGCCGACCUUGCGUCGGCAGUGCAGGCUUCGGGCAUUGCGUCGCUGACCACCAGCGGCGCCCUGGGCCAGCUCAAGUCUGGCGUGGAGUCCAAGGACGCCGCCGCGCGCGAGGGCGCCCUGCUGGCGAUCGCCGCCGUCGCGGAGCGUGUGGGCCGCCCCGCGGAGCCCUACCUUAUGCCCCUGCUGGGCCCCGUGCUCGCCGCCCUGCCCGACAAGGCGGCGCCCGUGCGUGCGGCGGCGCAGAAGGCGCAGGCGUCGCUGGAGGCGCUGCUCAACCCCCACGGCAUCGCCGCCGUGCUGCCGACCCUGUUUGAGGCCAUGCUGGCGCAGAAGUGGCAGUCCAACGAGGGCGCCUGCAAGAUGCUCAGCGCGCUGACCGACCGCGCGCCCCGCCAGGUGGCGCUGUGCCUGCCCGAGAUUGUGCCCGUCGUGACCGAGGCCCUGGGCAACGCCCGCCAGGCCGUCAAGGACGCCGCCGUGGAGGCCAUGACCAAGUGCAUGUUUGUGGUCGGCAACCGCGACAUCGAGCAGUUCAUCCCCAUCCUGGUCAACUGCCUGCAGAACCCCUCCACCGUGCCCGACACCGUGCACAAGCUCGCCUCCACCACGUUUGUGCAGACCGUUGAGGCCCCCACCCUGUCUAUCAUGGUGCCCCUGCUGGUGCGCGGCCUGCGCCAGGACAACACCACCGCCAUCAAGCGCAAGGCCUGCCUUAUCGUUGAGAACAUGGCCAAGCUGGUGGACAACCCCCUGGACGCGGUGCCCUUCCUGCCCAAGCUGCUGCCCGGCCUGGAGAAGGUGGCCAACGAGGUCGCCGACCCCGAGUGCCGGAGCGUGGCCCAGCGCGCCCACAAGGAGCUCAACCGCGUCGGCAACGAGGGCAAGACCGUGCCGCCCAAGAAGAAGGACCCCGCCGCCGUGGCCGAGUCGCUCAAGGCGCUCAUCGCGGCCCGCCAGCCAGCAGCCGCAGCCGACGAGGUGUUUGCCGUGACCCUGGCCUACGUGGCCACUCUGUGCGCCGCGCUGCAGGACAUCAAGGCGUUUGAGUUUGAUGAGUGGAACGGCUCGGCGGCCGGCUCGUACCUUUCCACCUUCAUCCCCGAGGCCGAUGCCGAGGCGGUGACGCGCGCCUACCUGGCGCGCGCCGUGGAGGAGGCCGAGCGCGAGGCCGCCGCCGCGCGCGUGGUGGAGGAGGACGAGGGCGAGGAGCUGUGCAACUGCGACUUCAGCCUGGCCUACGGUGCCAAGAUCCUGCUCAACAACGCCACCAUGCGCCUGCUGCGCGGCCACCGCUACGGCCUCUGCGGCCCCAACGGCGUGGGCAAGUCGACGCUGAUGCGCGCCAUCUCCAACGGCCAGGUGGACGGCUUCCCCCCGGCCGACGAGCUGCGCACCGUGUACGUUGAGCACGACAUCCAGGCCUCCCUGGCGGACCUCAACGUCGUCGACUUUGUGUUUGCCGACCCCCUGCUGCACUCUGGCGGCCUGGACGUGAGCCGGGAGCAGAUCGAGGCGCAGCUGACGGGCAUCGGCUUCACCCAGGAGAUGCUUGCGAUGGUCAUCACCGCCCUCUCGGGCGGCUGGAAGAUGAAGCUCGCCCUCGCCAG